GGUGACCUCCGGCCCGGCGAGUCCUCCUCGAUCCCGUGGUGCUUCGCGCGCGCUCUCGCGCUCUUCCGGUCGCGGGCAGCCGGGGCACGGAGGGAGGUCGCGGCGGUCGCGGCGGGUGGCAGUGGCAGGAUGUUGGCUACCAGAGUGUUCAGCCUCAUUGGCAAGCGGGCGUUUUCCACCUCAGUGUGUGUUCGAGCACAUGGAAGUGUUGUGAAGAGUGAAGACUUCGCUCUCCCAAGUUAUGUCGAUCGGCGUGACUAUCCCCUGCCUGAUGUGGCCCACGUUAAGAACCUCUCUGCCAGCCAGAAGGCUUUGAAAGAGAAGGAGAAGGCUUCCUGGAGCAGCCUCUCCAUUGAUGAAAAAGUUGAAUUGUACCGCAUCAAGUUCAACGAGAGCUUUGCUGAAAUGAACAGGAGCACAAAUGAAUGGAAGACGGUUGUGGGCACCGCCCUGUUCUUUAUUGGCUUCACUGCUCUCAUUCUCAUUUGGGAGAAGCACUAUGUGUACGGCCCCAUCCCGCACACCUUUGAAGAGGAGUGGGUGGCCAAGCAGACCAAGAGGAUGCUUGACAUGAAGGUCAGCCCGAUUCAGGGCUUCUCAGCCAAGUGGGACUACGACAAGAAUGAGUGGAAGAAAUAGGAGCCUGCCACUCAUCCAUCUGAACCUCACCGUGUUCUGUUUGUCACCUCCUGGAGCUCAACACAGUCACUGGAAACCAUUAUGUUACAGCACCAGUGCUAAUAAAUGAGCAGUCUACGUGAA